AUGGAGCAAGAGCUGGAUCCGUCUCUCCCUUGUUGCGUGGAUAUGGUUUCUGCAAUUCUAGCGAUGGAGCCUUCGGAGUGCUUGAUUUCGCAUGCGAGGGCGUGUGGCGGAGGCUCAAUUACUGAGCAGGUUCAAAAGUUCAUUUGGGAACAUUGUCUCUCCACACCUGAUGAUUUUUAUGCUCCUUACUUGAAGAAUUUUCUCAAGAAACUUAUCACUCAAGUUGAGCUCGAUCAUGGCUAUGUGUUGGAUCAAUUGUACGAACUGUAUGCUCAGUACAUGACGUCAUUUAAGGACGAUAGUUUAGGCAAAAGAGAUGCAAGAAUCUGCAAAAGAAUUUCGUUUAUUUUUCCUGAUGGUUGUUCUGAACUACAAAGUUUUCCGCUCUCAAAGGUACUGGUUUUUCCAUUGCAAUCUUCUCUAAACAUGCUUGAAGGUGGCACUGGGUGCUCGAUAUGGCCAUCAAGUCUGUUUCUGUCCGAAUUAAUACUUUCUCAUCCAGAAUUAUUUUCUAAAAAAUCAUGCUUCGAGAUUGGUUCAGGAGUUGGCUUAGUUGGUUUAUGUCUUGCCCAUGCGAAAGCUUCCAAGGUGAUAUUAAGUGACGGUGACCUAUCAACUUUAGCUAAUAUGAAGUUUAAUUUGGAGUUGAACCACCUGAAUAUGGAAACUGACAUGCCGCAAAGAAAUGAAGACCCAAGCAUGGUAAAAUGCUUGUAUCUGCCAUGGGAAUCUGCAUCAGAAAGUCAACUCGAAGAUAGCAUGCCAGAUGUUGUUUUGGGUGCAGAUGUGAUAUAUGAUCCAGUAUGCCUGCCACAUCUUGUUCGGGUACUUACCAUUCUUCUGAAUCAGAUGAAAUUUGAUUCUUGCAGACAGCAUGCAAGUUGCAUGGGCCUCUCUCCAAACGGUAAACAUGAAAACGGUGAACAUAAUUAUGAAGAUGCUAUUGACAGAUCUGAUGGUAGAUGCGAAACAAUUUAUAAUGAUGGCACUAAUGGCUGGUCAAAGGAAGCACCAGUGGCUUAUAUUGCAUGUGUUAUCCGGAAUAUUGAAACUUACAACUAUUUUCUUUCUCUGGGGAACCAGGCUAACCUUGAUAUUAGGGACCUAACUGAUUCACUGAAGCCAGUAAAUCUCCUCCGGUACAUGCAGUCAUACAAUCAAGCUGGUGUAAGACUAUUGCGUAUCACUUACAGUCAUACAAUCAGGUUCGUAUUAGAUGAUUAGCCAGGAAACCUCUCCUAGUUAAUUCAGUAUAAAAUAUUGGAACCUCAUUGGUAAGGCUAAGGUAAUGGAAUUUAUAGAGAAAUUUAUAGACCUAAGUAGGAUAGGAGAUGGAUAAAGGGGAUAGAGAUGACGAUAGAGAUCAUAAUGAGAAACAUAAGAAAUCCGUACGUGUAUAACCCUUAUUUGAACGAAGUGAAAAAAUGAGAUCUUUGUUGUCUUCCACAUUUUAUCUUUUCCUUUGUUACUUGGAAGGUCCUAAGACAUGGUGAAGUGAUGGAGAAAUACAAGCCUAAUGUAAAUAUUUAGUCAGCGACCUUGCUGAGGAUAGAAACCAAUGAUUUUAAAUUGUGCUUUGGUUCUGAUCUUGGCCUAUAUAUUGUAAAGCGAUAAAGCCUGUUCAUCCAUGUUUUUGGUGUUUCAUUUUUGUUACUGAUAAGAUUACAGUAAAUGAUUAGGUGGGCAUUUUCUGCUACUCAUUAAUGUUCAAUUCGUGUACUGAAUUUCAACAUCAUGUUCUGUUGAGAAAGCCGUUUGACCAUGUGGAAUUGUAGAACAAAAUCGGAUAAAUUAGAAAAGGGCAUUGUUGAGAAAGCAGUUUGACACAUUAUUUAUUGUGGUUCGAAGGAUGUAAUAAAACGUAGGUGUUUUUACGAGAAUAUUUUUGUAAUUUCAUUAAAUUUUCCCAUCAAUAUUUUAUGUUCAACCAAACACACAUUCAGAAAUUUAAUUCAAUUUUCUUGGUAAAAUUUUACCCCACUAAACAAUUUUUUACAAUUUUCCUAUCUAACUCACUUUUCCUCCAGAUCCCUAGUAUUUACAUUUUCCUAGUAUUAAAAAAUUUCUCCCCAACCAAACACUACCUAAAUGUUAUCUAAUCACAUUAGAAGGGAGACCAACCAAAGGCAAAAUCCUCUAGUAAUAGUUCAUUAAUCUAAAACCUCAUGAAAUCCCUGAUUUCAGUGUUUGAAUAGUAUCAUUUUAGGCCAAGGAAAUAUUUUGAAUGCUACAAAAGGAUACUUACAACCUAUCCCCCCCCCCCCCCCCAAAAAAAAAACUCUUAGUUCUUACCAAAAAAUAAACAAGUCUGGCCACGAAAAUUAAAAUACAAGUAACCCCCCUCCUCCAAAAAUAAAAAGUCAGAGAUAGAGAAAGAAGAAAACGAAUGCGAAACAUUUUUAAGGAAAAAGAAGGGAGAAAAGUGAGAAGAGAUUGCAUUUAAAAAAGGUAAGCCAUAUCUAUUUCCAAGUUUAUGCAUCAGUUGCGUUUAAAGAAGACAAAAAAUAAACCAAUUAAACGAUUUAAGCUUUGAAAGAAAAGAGGGUGGAUCCGCAAAAAAAAAUUCAAAAAUUACUACAGACAAGUGCCACAGUGUGCGUCUGCCUCUGCUUGUAAAUAUAAUCUACUC